UAACAGCAUAUUCAGCAACAUGGAUAAAUGGUCCGCUGUAUUAUAGCUAUAAAUAUAAAAAUUAUACAAGAGAUUCAAAUAAAGAAGUUGUUUUAAAAUAUUUAUGCAACUCACAAAAUUCCAUUAAAUCUCUGAUAAAUGAGGCUAAAAAAUAUCCAUCAAAGCAUGAAGCAAUUCAAGCAUUGUACGGAAUUACUCAAAAUCCAGAUACAGGAGUCUAUCUUUUAGUUCAGAAUAAUUAUAAUGUAUGGAUAAGUGAAAAUGAAAAAAUUGAUGAUCUUAUUCAAGAAAUGCAAUUAAAAAUAGAUAAUUAUAGUGACAUAGUAUUUGAAUGGAUACCAUAUAACCAGUUUAAUAAUAUUAAGGAAGUAGGUAAAGGUGGCUUUGCUAUAGUUUAUUCUGCAAAUUGGAAAAAUGGUCCAUUAGAAUAUGAUGCAGAUGAAAAAAUAUAUAAAAGGAAUCCAAAUAGAAUAAUUGCCUUAAAAUAUUUGUAUAAUUCACAAAAUAUUAGUGAUAAAUUUUUAAACGAGGUUAAAAAAUACUCAAUAAAUAAAACAAGCAAUAUUCUUAAUAUAUAUGGAAUAUCUCAAAAUCCAGAUACAAAAGAAUAUAUUAUGGUACUCCAAUAUGCAAAAGAAGGCAACUUUAAUCAUUGGAUAAAUAAAAACUAUGAAUAUUUUAAUUGGAGAGAUAAACUAUCUGCAUUGCUUAAUAUCAUUAAUGGUCUUAAAGAAAUUCAUCAAAAAAGUAUAGUUCAUCGUGAUUUUCAUACAGGAAAUAUAUUAUUUUUAAGUGAGAUAUAUAAUUUUGGUAAUUGUAUAUCAAUUUCAGACAUGGGAUUAUGUGGAGAGGUUGGUAAUUUAGAUGAAAAUAAAAUUUAUGGAGUUAUGCCUUAUGUGGCUCCUGAAGUAUUAAGAAGAAAGCCUUAUAUCCAAGAAUCAGAUAUUUUUAGUUUUGGUAUGGUAAUGUAUUUUGUAGCUACUGGAAGACAACCCUUUUACAAUCGUGCACAUGAUCAUCUUCUUGCAUUGGACAUCUGUAAAGGAGUUAGACCUGAAAUAAAUGAACUAGAAGCACCAAGAUGUUAUAUUGAUUUAAUGGAAAAGUGUUGGGAUUUAAAUCCAAAUAAUAGACCAAAUAUUUUCAAAGUAAAUGAAUUGAUCACGUCAUUUCGUAAGUCAUAUGGAAUGGAUUUUUUCGUAAUAGAAAAUGAAGAAAUUGGAAUACAAUUCAAAAAAGCAGAAGAAUAUAGAAAAGCAAAUCUUUCAUCCAUUAAAAAUUACCAAAUGGAAACCCAUUCACAAGCUAUUUACACAUCUCGAUUACUUAAUUCUUUUACAGAAGACCUUCCAGAUCAUGAUGAUAAUACUCAAUGCUUAGAUCAAGUAGUCUAAGUCCAAAUGAAGCACAUUAACCUGUACUACCCAAGGUAGAGUUACAUAAAUUAACAUUUUCAAAAUUUAAAGAAUAUUAAGAUUUUUAUUUUCACUAUGUACAUAGCAAUUAAAAUUAAUUAUUUUU